AGAUCAGCACUGAUCAGCACAGUUUCCAUAUUUAGAACUUCCUUAAGUCCUAAAGCCACUCCUCCAUCUCCUUCAGAACAAAGAUCUCUGUCAUGUAACUCCACCAGCUCUCUUGCUCAGUAUUCAGAAAAUGUUUCUUCUUGCAAUUCUGCUGUUUUCCUACUGUCAAAUGUCUCAGCAGAUACAGAAAACUACUGAAAAUGGCAAAGAGAUGCUGUCCAAUCCCAAGCUUGUACUGGUUCAGGGGACGUUGAAUGUGGUGAUGAAGCAGAAUGUGACUCUCUCUUGCCUGUCUGAGCCUGGAUCUCCACCUGUCAGAUACACCCUGUUCAAGCACAACCAGCAGGUAUCUGCUUUGAACAGGUCAGACUUGAUGCCUGCACUGUUCACCCUGACCAUCAGCUCUGCCAGCGACAUGGGGGAAUACAAGUGCAAAGCUGAGUAUAACAAUUCCAGUGGUGGAAAAUACAGCAACAGCCUCAACAUCACCCUCAUAGAGCCAAUUUCCAAACCAGUGCUGAGCUCACCCACCUCUCAGGCAAAGAAAGGCCAGAACGUGACCCUGUCCUGUUUCUCGGAGAACGGAUCCCUUCCCAUCACAUAUCUAUUCUUCAAAGGAACACAAAACAUUUCUCCACAAAAGACAAUGCAGAAGAGGGAAGCAGCUGUGAUUUUUCUGUUUAUCGAUUCCCUUCGUGACUUUGGAACCUAUAAAUGCAAAGCUAAUAACAGUUUUCCCAAUAAUACAAAAUACAGCAAUGGUUUCAACUUUACAUUAGCAGAAGAGAGAAGCCAUUCUCAGCCCCUGAUAAUUUCUCUUGGGCUGAUCCUGCUACUACUCAUAAUAGGAUUUGCUCUGGCAAUUCCAUUUUUCGUAAUUCCUUUGUAUAAAGCAAAAAAAUUUAAGUCUACCAGGCCCUCAAUCGGCCUUACUUCAACAGUGAAUGCAGAGGAGUCUGAAAAUGAAGUCAUAUACUCAGAGAUUGAGCUUGUUAAACCAGAAGAAGAAUACAUCAAUUUCUGUGUUAUUAGAAGAGAAGAGGAAAAAGCAGGGAAGAGGGCAUGUUCUACAGUCUAUUCAAAGGUCCUCAUCAGAGACUGAGUACCAGGUAACCUGGAAGACCCAGAUUUGACUGAAAACACAUGCACCACCAAGUUUUUGCAGUGAAACCACUAAGUCCAUGACAACGUUGAAACCAGUUCAGGCAAAGAUGUCUAAGAAAAUCCUUUUAUUCAACAAGUUUAGGUUUACACAUUUUUUGCUGAUGUAACAUACUUAGUUAAAAAGUCCUUCAGCCUGGAAAUGUGCAUCAUUUCCUUCAUGGUGGUGUCUCUGCUUCUCAGCUGGACUACUCCAUUCUCUAGAGUGCCAUCACUUAUCAAGACCAUGAAGAGAAUACUCAUCUCAUCAUACCUGCAGAGAGAAGAACCCACCUGUUACUGCUUUUGGUGCAUGGAAAAAAUCAGAUAACUUACAUACAAAUGACCAUAAACUGUAAACAUUUAGUUUUGCUGUAUUGCACUAAGUCCAGUGUGACACCUCCAGUUUUCUUGUUGCCAUUCUUUGCUUUUCUGAUUACAUUUCUUUAAAUUACUUAGCUACUUUAGUAUAUAAAAAUAAUCUUAUUUAGUAACCUAUUAAAGAGUAUUUUUGUACAAGCAGAA